AAACGUCGAUUCUUAUUUCUUGGUUAGAGAUGAUUCCAAGCAGAGCAUCGCGAUCUCUUCUGCUGCUUUUGCUCCUCUUCUCCUCCAUGCUUCUCCGAGCUUCCUCGCAGACCAACGCCACCGCAUCAGCGACACAUGUGGAGGAGAGCACAAGAAGGGAAGUCGCGGCGGUGAGGGAGUUGAGAGACGGUUCUCCCGGUGUCAACGGUGGCAUCGGUGGUCGAUCACCCGUAACCAGAGGUAGCGGCGGCGCUGCAGCUGGUAGGAAUGGCGGCCACAGUGCUGCAUGCAGCAGCUAUGGUCGCCAUGUCGCCAUCACUUCUCUUGCCUUCGCUAUUGGCGCUGCCAUUGUGAAUUCCAUGUAGACUUCUUCUUGUCGUUGCAACAGAGAGAGUCAUACUCCCGCUUGCAAGAAUGCAAGAGAGAAGAAAAAGAUCUGUUAUAUUAUCAUUAUUAUUCCUUCUUUUAUAUCUCUUUAUAAGGUGCAAAAUGAAUCUGAUACAGUAAACCUUAAAUUCCUGUGAUAGAUAUAUAUAUAUAUAUAUAUAUAUAUUGUGAUUUAUUAAUGAGUUGAUGUGGUCGAUAUGGUGAUUGCCAAAGGAGUUUGACUCGGUUUGGGAUCACGUACACAAGAAAUCCGACGUGGUCAAGGAGGUGGCUGAGGAGAAAAGAUACAAUGAUGUACACUCCCAUGUUGAUUGCAUCGCAACGUAUGGAAUUAUGAUUGGUGUAAAUAUUUUUCCUAUUGAAAGUAAAUUCUCAACUUCAAUGACUUUGCACAGUAACAAAGCAACCAACUCCUAAAAGGUCUGCAUAGUCAUACCAAUGAAAGCAGAUAACUUGUGAGAAUAAUUAAUGGACUAGAAUGUCAUGGGUGAGAUGCCAACAAUGAUGCAAAAUAGAUGAUGAUGAUGAUGAAAGCAGCUUUGGAAUUGCAGAACCAGCAGACCUGAGUAAAAGGAAGAAGAAAAGAUACUACUUUGACAGCCAUGAUAGCAGCAAUCAAGGUCCAAUUCAUGUGUUGUUUCUCACCAUGAACUUGGUGACUUCUCUUCUAAUCCCUUGUGGCUUUUGCAGCAUCAUUAGUUUUGUAGCAUCAGACACACAGAUUCUGCUCUGCAAUAGAGGAGGAAAGGUUAGGAGUUGCCCUUCUCUAAUGGAAGAAGCAGGAGGAAGCUCAACAUCUUGUUUGGAGUUGAAUGCCCAUUUUUUAUAUCCAGAGAUUGUGCAGUUUGUUUAGGUAUUGAGACAUGAUUUCCAUUAUGCUUUUAUGAACCAUUAUAUACUGAUCAUCAUGUCACUGUUUCUCUUUCCUCCUCCUGUAGCUGUAGAUCUACUGCCAUGCUGCUGCUGUCACUGACUGCAUGUAUAUGAUUUGGUCAAAGGUUUAUGUUGGGAAUGGCAAGUCUGUAAUCAUGGAUGAUCAGUGAAUGAAGUGAACUUGAAGCAAGAACAAUGGCAAGCCAGAAGGGAAUCGUGAGGAUCACACAACUGUUCUUGAGUGGGAUAGAAUGAUCAAACAGUAAGUAAAGCUCUUUAGAUAAGUCUAUUGAUUGUUCUUUCCAAUGGUGGCUUACCUACCCAAGCACUACAGGAGAAUGUCCCUUGCAAGGAAUCUCCUCUGAGAAGAAAAGCUCCAUGAGUGCCUCUCUCCUUUUUCCUCUCCCCCUUUGGCAUCCCACCCAGCCGUGCUGUUGGAUCAUUAAGCUGCCUGUUAGAGUUAGGCCAUAUGUGUUUCCCCCCCACCUUCUUCCUCUUUCUGCAACUGCACCUGCAGAAUACCUAAUCGAAGCCCACAAGAUGAUAAAAUACGACAUUAAUUGAGAUGCUGCCAGAUCUCACCAACACUCGUGCCUUUAUGGUGAACUAAUAAGCCAAGAAAUCCACAAUAUGAUGAUCUGGAUUUCCAUGGUGGGAUAAAUCUAAGCUGCAAAUUGCAGCCCAUUCUAUUGUUUGCUUAGAUUGUGUCCUGUUCAGCAUGUGCAUCACACAGAGAACAAGUUCUUGACAACAUCUCUCUCUCUCUCUCUCUCUCUCUCUACCUUUUCAUUAAAGUAAACUUCAUCCUGAAGACACACUGUGGUGCUUAUAAUCUUGUCCUCGUGUCUAACCUCAAACCAACAACAUCAUCAUAUCAAAAAGUCAAACACUGGGUCAUAGCUCACAUAGCUCACCAACAGAAGCCAUGAACUAACAUAGCAAUUAGUAGCUAAAUGUAGUGCAUUCAAUGUCAUUCAUUUUCCUAGACAAACAAGUAGGCAUCAGAUCCAAAAUCCCCCUUUCAUCCUCCCUUCUUCUCUCUCUCUCUCUCUCUCUCUCUCUGCAAUAAUAAACGCCAGAAAAGAGCGAAGAGUCCCUCCAACCUUCAAAUCUACUGCUGAUGGUUCAUUCCCUGCCCUUCUUCCGCUCUUGCUUUUCCACCUCCAAAAGCCCCCCUUAAUUGUUUCUUUCCAUAUCCCCUUCCAAUCUCACCAUUCUCUUUCUCCUCCUAAAGCCCCCAAAGCCAAAGGCAAAGCCAAAGCCAGCCCGGGAAAGGGAAGAAGAAAAUAAAUAACAAGCAAAGUUAUGAUUCUCACGUCCCACCACUCCAAAUCCUUCCUUGAAUCCAACUCCAUCCCAGAAAACUCCUCAGCUCCCACAGUCCAUCUCUUUCUCCCAGCUGGAGGAGGAGUAGCAGUGCACAUAUCCUAAAAAUCCAAUCCUUUUCCAGCCAUUGUUCUAAAAAUCCAAUCUUUAGUCAGCCGUCGUUCUCAAAAUCCGAUCUUUGUUUCUGGUUUUCCUUUUUCUUAAUUCGGUAAACGUUGUUUGGCCCACCCCAACAUCCUCCACUUCUGUUUCCCAUAAUACCGAGCCAUGGCUGAGGUACUCCAGUCCCCUUCGCAUUUCCCUUCGUCUCCAAGACGCACCCUUUCUUGCGACCCGAAUGAUGCCUCCAAUGGGCUUUUAAGCCCUUCCAAUAGCGGCGGAGAGGGUGCAGAGAAGGAGGAGGAGGAGAGGCAUAGUGGUGCCGGUGGUGCGAUAGAGAGGAAGAGGGGAAGGAAUAGGAGGGGAGGAGGAGGAGGAGGAGGAGGAGCGGAGGUCGGGAUCGAAGGGGAGGACGAACGACAGCAACUGUCUGUGUUGGCAUUGCUGCUAACAGUGCUCCGGAAGUCACUGCUGAGGUGCAAAACGGAGGGCGCCGGCGACGAGGAUUUCGGCUCGAUGGACAUCGGGUGCCCCACCGACGUGCGGCACGUCGCCCACGUCACCUUCGACCGCUUCCAUGGCUUCCUCGGGCUGCCCGUCGAGUUCGAGCCGGAGGUUCCCCGCAGAGCCCCCAGCGCAAGUGCGACCGUCUUCGGUGUUUCUACUGAAUCUAUGCAGUGUUCAUAUGAUUGUAGAGGCAAUAGUGUUCCAACCAUACUUUUGUUGAUGCAAAGACGGCUGUAUGAGCAAGGAGGUCUUCGGGCAGAAGGAAUUUUCAGAAUCAAUGCCGAGAACAGCCAAGAAGAACAUCUCAGAGAGCAGCUAAACGACGGAGUAGUGCCAGAGGAUAUCGAUGUGCACUGUUUGGCAGGUUCAAUAAAGGCUUGGUUUAGGGAACUUCCGACGGGGGUGCUCGACUGGCUUUCAUCCGAGCAAGUGAUGCAAUGCCAAACGGAAGAAGACUGUGGUAGGCUUGUCAGGUUGCUGCCGCCGACAGAGGCUGCUCUUUUGGACUGGGCUAUCAAUUUGAUGGCUGAUGUCGUCCAAGAAGAAGAACAAAACAAGAUGAAUGCACGCAACGUUGCCACGGUGUUUGCCCCCAACAUGACUCAGAUGGCAGAUCCUUUGACUGCGUUGAUGCAUGCGGUGCAAGUGAUGAAUUUUCUGAGGAUGCUGAUCUUGAGGACGCUGAAAGAUAGACGACUAGAAUCUGCUGUAGUGGAUGCCGCUGUCCGUGGCGCAGAUCCUUCCGAUGACGAUGGUCAUCAGAGCCCUCAGAUGCAUCACGCUGCUUGUAGCGAAGAAGCAACCGAACGAGCACACGUUGCCGAGGAGGCUGUCUUGGAUAGUCUCCCUCGAAUUGCUACAGAAGAAGAAGAAGAGGCAGCUCGGAGUUCGCAUGACGAUGCGGCCUUCUUCUCUGAGAACGCAGCUGGUUCGUCUACCGGCCACGAAUUCGUCGCUAGUGCUCCUAAGUCAGUUCAUACGAAGACAGGCAAGUCGAACAGCCAAAAUCACAAGAAAGGAAGAAAGACGAAGAGAGAGUCUACCGAUCGAGCUUCCUUACCAGCUGAUAAGUUGAACGGGAUCAGCAACGUGAGUCGAAUAAAUUCAAAGAUCGAGCGUGUGGAAGCAUGGAGGUGAAGCUGCUCUGUCUCUCUCUCUCUCUCUCUUCUUGCCCCUCUUAAUUUGCAUGUGAUUGAUCGUAGGUUUCGGUAUGUGUAUUUGCUAUGGAUGUUUGCGUACCUAUUCGGAAUAUAACUUCCUGCUCUAAACGUUGCUGGGUUUGCGAGCGAGCGAUAUGCAUUAGACGAGGGAACGAUCCUUCUGCGUCUCGUUGCGAUGUACAGCUGCAU